AUGCUGUACGGUGCGGUAGUUUGGGCCGAGGCGCAGCGACACCAUAAAUACCUCAAGCGCAUAGCAGCGAUACUGAGGAGGUGCACUCUCCGAAUCGCUUGUUCCUACCGGACGAUAUCUGAGCCCGCGGUGCAUGUGAUCACGGAUGUAAUCCCGAUCGAUCUACUAACCCAGGAGAGUCAAUCCGUCCACCACCAAAGGCCCGUUCUGGGAAAGGAGGAGGCAUCAAGGCUCGCCAGGUCUACCAGCAUCGAGACUUGGCAAAGCAGAUGGGAACAGGUGCUUUGUGGUAUAUGGACUGCCCAACUCAUCAGUCGGCCAGACAGUUGGCUAAACCGGGAGGCGAGCGAAGUCGACUUCUACCUCACCCAAUUUUUGAUAGGGCAUGGUCUGUUCUGCUCAUUCCUCGCCAAAAUGAGGAAAGUUGCAUAG